AUCAAGCGUAUCCCGACUAAUUACUUCGGUUUUUAAGCGAUCAAAAAUUCAUUUUAAAGUCAUUGUUAAAAAUGUCGAGACUCCAGAUGCUGAGGCUGGUUGUCCAGCAGCGUCUGACUGCGGCUGCUGAGGAGAUCUUUGGAGUGUUUGAAAAAACCAUUGAGGAAUAUGAAGAAGAGAUAGAUCGCCAACGCAGGCUGCUGGCACAUGUGACGAAUGCGAGUGAAAAAGCAGAUCCUCCACAGCCAUUUGACUAUGAAGAGGAGGUUCCCUCUGAGCAUCAGGAAUGGACAGACAAUCUCAGCCAGGAGGAGCUAGAACCCCCACACAUUAAAGAGGAACAGGAGGAACGCUGGACCAGUCAGGAGGAAGAGCAGCUUCAAAGAAUAGAGGAGGCUGAUAACACCAAGUUACCAUUCCCUCCUGUCCCUAUGAAGAGGGAAAACGAUGAAGGGAAACCUCACUCCUCACAGCUUCAUCAAAGCCAAGCUGAGGAGAACAAACAAACAGAGCCUUCAGCAAACACUUCAGGUGAACAGAUGAAAACAGAACAGGAUGGAGAGGGCUUCGGACUGUCAGAAUCAGCCAGUAACCUAAAUCGGGAUGGUGAUUUAAAACCAACUAAUGAUGGUGAGGCCCUCCCUUCAGACUAUUGUGAAAAGGAGACUGAAGACAGUGAUGAUGACUGGAACAAAACUAGAGUACCUCGGUCCAGUUUGGAUGCAAACGAUAACAAUGAAAUAAGUCAUCGGAGAUCUAUUAAGAAAAAACCUCUCAUUUAUGUAGUCUGUGGUAAAGGGUUUACUCAAAGAGGACAAAUCCAAAAACAAAUGAGAACACAUACUGGAGAGAAGCCCUUUAAUUGCUCAGUUUGUGGUAAAGCAUUUUCUCAAAAAAGAGAUGUGCAGAGACACAUAAGAACACAUACUGGAGAGAAACCUUUCACUUGCUCAGUUUGUGGUAAAAGGUUUGCUCAAAAAGGACAUGUACAGGCACACAUGCGAACACAUACUGGAGAGAAGUUCUUUUGUUGCACAAUCUGUGGUAAAGAGUUUUCACAAAGUGGACAAAUCCAGUCACACAUGAGAACACAUACUGGAGAGAAGCCCUUUAUUUGCUCAGUGUGUGGUAAAGCGUUUUCUCAAAAAGGAGAUUUGCAGCGACACAUAAGAAUACAUACAGGAGAGAAACCUUUCACUUGCUCAGUUUGUGGUAAAGGGUUUACUCAAAAUGGAAAUAGGCUGGUACACAUGAGAACACAUACAGGAGAGAAGCCAUUCAGUUGCACAAUCUGUGGUAAAGAGUUUUCUCAAAGAGGACAAAUCCAACCACACAUGAGAACACAUACUGGAGAGAAGCCCUUUAGUUGCUCAAUCUGUGGUAAAAGGUUUUGUGAAAGAGGACAUUUGCAGACACACAUGAGAACACAUACAGAAGAGAAACCAUUUAAUUGCACAAUCUGUGUGGAACCAAUAGAAGCAAGGAACCCCAAAGGUAUGGUAGACUGGUCCCCAGAGAUGGACAAGGCCUUCGAGGACACUAAGGCAGUACUGGCUAAUGCUACCUUGUUGGCACACCCAUCGCCCACUGCCCCGGUUGCCUUCACGACUGAUGCAUCUGACUACGCUCCGCAGGAUGUGGUGUUCAGCGACACUGGCUCCACACUCCUCUGCGAUGUCUCCAUGGGUCAGGCUAGACCCAUGGUUCCCACCAGGUGGCGCCGGCGCAUCUUUGAUGUGGUCCACGGUCUCUCACACCCGGGAGUGAAGCCGUCUACGAAGCUGGUGGCUGCCAAGUUCGUCUGGCCUAGGACGUGA